AUGGGGCCGGCGCGGCGGGGGGGCCGGGGGCGGGCGGCGCUGGGGCUGGGGCUGGCGGGGCUGGCGCUGGGGCUGGCGGGGCUGGCGCUGGGCAGCAGCUACUGGUGCGAGGGGCGGCACCGGGUGGCCAAGGAGCCCUGCCCGGGGGGGGCCCCGGGGGGGGGCCCGGGCCCCGGCGGGGGGGGCAACGGCACCGCCGACCCCCGCGCCGUGCAGUACCUCUGGGAGGCCGGCGACGACAAGUUCUCCCUCCGCUACUUCCACGCCGGCUUCUGGCUCUCCUGCGAGGAGCACCCGGGCGGUGAGGUCUGCCGGAGCUUCAUCCAGCUGCCCCCCGAGUCGGAGAAAGGCGUGCUGUGGCUGGCGGUGGCGGCCGAGGUGGCGCACGUGGCCCUGCUGAGCGGCGGCGUGGGGCUGCUGGCGCUGGAGCUGGCGGCCGCCCCCUCCUUCCUGGGCGCCCUCAAGAUGGACGCCUUCGCCGCCCUCCUCACUGUGCUCGCAGGCCUCCUGGGCAUGGUGGCCCACACGAUGUACGUGGCGGUGUUCCAGCUGGCCGUGAGCCUGGGCCCCAAGGACUGGCGGCCCCACAGCUGGUCCUACGGCUGGUCCUUCGGGGCGGCCUGGCUCUCCUUCGCGCUGUGCAUGGCGGCGGCGGUGCUCGCCCUCAACGCCUACACCCAGACGCUGCUGCAGCUCCAGCGCCGCCGCCCCCCCCGCGGCCCCCCCGCGGCCCCCCCCGCGGCCCCCCCCCGCCAGCCGGGCGGCGACGCGGAGCCCUGCUAGCCCCCCCCCCCCCCCCGCUUCCCCUCGGCUUACAGUAAUUAAAAGUUGAUGAGGA